AUGCCUCAAGUCACUCAGCGAAUCUGGACUCUCCCAAGGUCUACCCUACGGUUUCAACGGCCUAGAGCAUAUCACACACUACGCCUUGCACCAUCCUUUACAACUAGCCCCAGCCACUUGCAGCGAAGAACCGGGCUAUCGCAUCCCCUACAAGAUCCAACACCCAAGGUCUUCUUCUAUCCGAGCCGCAAGAUGUCCACACCCGCGAUUCCAGACCGCUACAAGCUAGUCUUCUUCGUCCCAACAGAGAACGCGGAGCCCUGUAAAAAAGCUAUUUUCGCAGUGGGUGCAGGGUCCUUCCCCGGUGGAAAAUAUACCAAAUGCUGCUUCCAGACAGCUGGAACUGGCCAAUUCCUACCCAAUGAAGGCGCAGACCCUGCGGUCGGUGCUGUCGGGGCUUUAGAACGGUGCGAGGAGCUUAGGAUCGAGGUCAUGUGUUUGGGGCGGGAUAUCAUGCUGCGCGCAGUUGAGGCUCUCAUCGAAGCUCAUCCCUAUGAAGAGGUUGCUUAUGAGGUGUAUCGGAUGGAGAAUGUUUAG